GUUUCAGUUAAUAUGACAGUUAUUUAAAAUCAUCUCUGUAAAAAAUUAUAAAAUAUUUCAAAAUUUUUGUGUGUCACUAAAUUUAAUUUUAGCGGUAGCAAGAUGUCGAUGUUUUGCUCACGACCAAUGUUUUAAAAAUGCCAGGCGAAUGUUAGAGGAAUCUGCUCGACAACAUGACUGAGAUGUCAAAAACGAAACCAAUUCCAUACUGCUUAAGAGAAACUGACGAUGACGGACCAACUACUAUGAAAGUGGACGUACCCAAUUUCGGACCUAGAUACAAAUGGUCCGAUUUCAACAAGAAACAAAUAAUAUUUGCCUACUACUACGGGAUUCUAAACAUCAGUCCAGUAUCAGGAAUUCUCAUUGAGGCAGUUGGUCCCAAAUACAUCGUGGUAUGCUCAGUAUUCUUUACAGGAUUAUUAAAUAUUCUUAUCGUACAAGGAGCCAAAUGGCACUGGACUGUAACUUUCUGUUGCAGGUUUGCCACCGGAAUUGCAUCGGGACUAAUAUAUCCUUCCUUAAUUCUGCUUAUGGCAAGAUGGGCACCGCCCAACGAAAGAGGGAAAUUCGCCAGUGCCUUGCUAGGUCACACGAUAGGAACAGCGUUCAUUUGGGUGUACAUAAAUUACACCAUACCGAAACUGGGCUGGCAGGCUUCAUUCUACGUAAACACUAUACUGGUCAUGGUAUACUGCAUAGCAUUCUUCUUCCUAACCUCCAGCAGUCCAGAACAACACAAAUUUAUCAGUCCAGAGGAAUUGGAACAUAUAAAGAAGAGUCAAGGUCCAUUUAUAUCAAUCAAGAAGGAAAUGCCUCCUUACGGAGAGAUCCUGUCAUCUUGUUCCUGUUUUGCUUUAGCUAUCUUACAAUUCGGAGAUCGUUGGCUGGAUCAAAUGAAUAUUUUCGUCGUGCCGACUUAUAUGAAUGACUUUGUCGGUGUGGAUACUGACGCAUCCGCUCUGCUAACUGUACUACCUCUACUGUUUGAAUAUCUGGGUGCUGUUAUUUUUGCUAAUCUUACAGAUAUUAUAGCAGCGAAAAACACAAUCAGCGUAACCGCGUUGACAAAAAUGUUCGUAGUAGUGUCACACUUGGUACCCGGUAUGAUAAUAUUAUGUACCGGAUUGACACAGUGCGUAAUGGGGGCAUCGGCGAUAUUGUUGGUGUUGAGUAACUUUUUUGGGGGAGCCGUUGUAGUUACCAACUUGAGGAUUCCAGUUGAUAUGGCUCCAAAUUUCUCUGCUACGAUAUUCAGUUUGCAUUCGGUUCUUUCUAGUACAUCUGGAUUGAUCGUACCUAGUUUAUCCGAAGUGGUGAUCGGUGAUGCAAACGAUGUUAUACACUGGGCUAUACUGUUUGCAGUUGGAGGCUUGGUAUUAAUUAGUACUGGAAUUAUAUACAUAUUUUUCGGUUCUUCCGAAAUCCAAUACUGGAAUGUAAAACGUGGUAGGCCUUUGCGUUUAAGGAGAAAUGACGAAGAAACAUAAUUUUUUUUUAUUUAAUUUCUAGUUCUAUUAAGUAGUAUUCGAGUUUUUAU